GCUCCGUCAGUGCUCAGUCAAAUUCCUGCACUCUCACCAGUUGACACUUGUAAACAGAGAACUUCGCACAAAGCGGAUAAGGCUGAUAGAGCAAGUCAAUGAAUUCUUCCGAGCUGAAUUUCACUUUUACCGGUUUCAUCGACUAAUUAAAGAGGUGGUUGCUAAGAGAUGGCAAUCUGUGACAUUGGUGAAAGCGUCUGAUGUACAGCAGCCUGAAGCUCGACUUCUCCAGGAUCUUUUUCCGCUACACGUCUCUCUGUACCUGGCUCAUGUGAAGGACACAGGAAACGCUCUUCUAUCAACAGACUCAUAAAUACCAUGGCAGCUUUUACUGCUCCUUGUGCCAUCUCCAAUACUACGACCUCCACGGUGGCCCCGACUGCAUGGCAAAGGCAAGGAAGCGGCGAAGAGGAGGGGAAAUAUGAGAAUGGGGAUGUGGGACAAAACACUAUCGUGGAGAAAACCCACGAGUUCUUCCAGAUGUGUGACAUCGAAAACAAGGGCUUCAUCACCCGACGUGACAUGCAGAGGCUGAACGGCGAGCUCCCUCUCAGUGCAGAGGACUUGGAGAACGUAUUCGAUACCCUCGAUUCCGACGGCAACGGAUUCCUUACCCUCGAUGAGUUCUCCUCAGGCUUUAGUAAGUUUUUAUUUGGCCGGGAGAUUUCUGUAGAGGAAAGCAUGGAGGACAAAAACCCCUGUAAGAGCCCGUCAGAGGUCCUGUACCAGACCCGCUGGGAGGAGAGCCGAGCAAGAGGAGACGAGGAUGAAGAAGAGAAACACUUCUGCAUGUUAAUGGAGAGCCUUGGAGCAAACAGUGUCUUUGAAGAUCCUGCUGAGGUGCGCAGUUUGUGGGCCCAGCUGCGCCGGGAUGAACCACACCUUUUAUCCAAUUUUGAGGACUUCUUGGCCAGAGUGACAUCCCAGAUCAUAGAGGCCAACCAGGAGAAGAGGGAGAUGGAAAGCGCUCUCAAGAGAAAAGCAGCAACACACGAUGAUGAGAUCCAGCGCCUAUAUGAAGAAAUGGAGCAGCAAAUAAAGAAUGAAAAAGACAGGAUUGUGCUGCAGGACUAUGAGCGGUUUCUGUCUCGGAGUCAAGACCUACAGCUGCAGCUGUCCAGUAAAGAGAAAGAGCUGGAACAGCUCUUCCAGAAUAAGAGAAGGCUGGAGCUUCAGUGUCAGGACCUUCACAGCGAGCAACAUGUGACCAAAGUAGAGAACGUGAAGCUGAAGCAGACAAAUGACGAGUUGGCGCGGGAGCUGGAGCACACCAGCCAAGAGCUGAUCUUGGCACAAGAGCAGCUGAGUCUGCUGCAGGAGCAGUCCACACGGCUUCAUGAGGAGAAGGAGAUGGAAAUUUACAGAGUGACUGAGGGACUGCAGCGGGAGCGAGCAAGCCUCCUCAAACAACUGGACCUAUUGAGGGAAAUGAACAAACAUUUACGGGAUGAAAGGGACAUGUGCUAUCAGAAUCCAAAGAACUCCAAGAAAACACCAUGUUUGAAGCAGAGGCCUUCAAUCAGUGUUGUGAAACACACAAACACAAAUUUCUUCAAAAGUGGGGAUGAGGAGGAGCUGACCUCCAGCUUGAUGAGGCAGAACCUAGCCAAUGAGUCAUGCCAGCCAUCUUUCCCAGUGGAGAAAAGAGGGCACCUUCAGAGGAUCAUCUCCAUCGAAGAAGACCACCUCCCACACUUGCUCCAGAGUGACUGUCAGGCUCAAACCCCUCUCCAGGAGUGUAGUGAAGGAGAGGAAGCCACCGACAGUGAGGAGAAUAUAGACUUAGUGAUGAGUGACAUUCACCCGUGUGCGUCUUCUCCCCGGCAGCAACAGUCAAAGGGAAAUGUGGAGAAAAGGGAAACCCCCACAUCUCCAAGGGGUCAGCCUGUUGGCAAGGAGACCAGCAUAAGUGAUGAGGGCAGGCCCUCGCCUCCUGAUCGCCUCUUCAAGAUCGUUCUGGUGGGGAACUCUAGUGUAGGAAAGACCUCCCUACUUAGACGAUUUUGUGAUGACUGCUUCUACCCUGGCACUUCUGCCACUGUGGGUAUAGACUACAGUGUAAAGACAGUAACUGUGGACAACAGCCAGGUGGCACUGCAGAUGUGGGACACAGCAGGACAGGAAAGGUAUCGAAGCAUCACCAAACAAUUCUUUCGCAAGGCUGACGGUGUGAUUGUGAUGUAUGACAUCACAGCUGAGCAGAGCUUCACAGCUGUCAGACAGUGGCUGACGAGUGUAAAGGAGGGUGCAGGCGAGGACAUUCCUAUUAUGCUUUUGGGAAACAAAACAGACAAGGAGAUUGAGAGACAAGUUCAGAAAGGAGUGGGUGAAAGACUAGCCAAGGACUACCAAAUGACUUUCUAUGAGUGUAGUGCAUGCUCUGGACACAACGUGGUGGAGUCCAUGGUGUAUUUAGCCAGAAUUCUGAAAGAACAAGAGGACAGAGAGAAGGAGAAGACUGUCCAGCUGGUCAGCAGCCCUUCAGAGAAGAAGAGAUCCUGCUGCUAACAGUUAAACAGUAAACACAUACGCAGUAGCACUACCCUUUACUCACAUACACAAUGUUAAAGUGUGACCACACGUAUCAGUGAGGGAACCUUAUUUUAAAUGUCAGCUUUUCACCUAUUCUUCAGCCUUGUAGCAGUCUGGGUAAACCCAACAUCAGAAUAUAUACUGUCACGUGUCACACAUGUUAUUGCACUAUUAUAACAGUCUACUCUAUAUGAUUUUCCAAGGUAGUAUUUGCAGUUUACAAAUAACCUUGAAUUUAUAUUUUAUGAAGAUAUAAUAAUAUAAACAUUGAUAAUAAUGUAAGAAAAGUUCAAAUGUUCCCUUUGAGGUAAAAAUAACUGAACAAAUUUGUCCCUUUGGAAUCAAACUAAGACUUUUUCAUUUUGUAAAUGUUGAAUACUCUCUCAAAUUCUGACUGUAACUCUCAAAUAUUUAUUUAGGCUCCAAAGGCAUUUUUACUGUAUGUAUUAAUAUAGUCAUUCAGUGUUAUGUGUAAUAUUUUUAGCUGUUUUGCUUUUCCAAUUUUUGUACACAUGCAGUGGGGUCCAAAUGCCUUAGACAACAAACUUUUGGACCCCACUGUAUAUGAAAUAUAUACAUAGUCACCUGAACAACUGUAAAAUGUAAUGCAUAUUCAAACAGCCGUGCAGUUAUCACUACCUUAGUGAAGCUUUUGAUGUUGACAUUAUGUCAGAGAGGUGUUAAUUUAAUUCAGUGGUUAUUUGAUUUCUCGUGGUUAUGUGGCACUGCUACUGGCUAUGCAGUAUAAACUAUGAAUAUUGUACAGGUGUCUUCACCUGGUGGACAAAAACACUAACUAUCAUGCAGCACAGUGCAGAAGCAAUGUAGUUCCACUGAAUAAACAAUAAAUUAUUGUGGACUUCAAAUGAAAAUUAUUAGCUUCAAAUGUAGUGUUUCCUCCCGGGCUGUUAUAUUUAGUGUUAUAUUUUACAGGUGUUAUUUUGUCCGCUCUGUGAAUUGUACAGUAAGUGAAUUAUAAUUUUGUGUUGUUUUUGUUAUACAGAAGGUUGUUAGGCUGGGAAGUUGGCUCAGCUGUGUUGUGCUUUUUAACAGUUAGAAGACAGUACAGACCAAAUGACGUCGAGUGCACAAAAUAUUUAUUUCAUGUCACCUUAAUCUGCCUCAGUGCCAAGUAUUUUAAUAAAAUAGUGCCACUGUAACAUGUCAAGUAAAUUAUGUUAUCUGUUACAGGACGGUCACAGUUGUAGAAGUUUUGGUAAAACGUUCAGAUUUUACUGUUUGAUAUUGCACUAUUAUCACUAAUAGUGCUUCACUACUGCCAGUGUCUUGCACAUCACUUUAAUGUAAAUAUAAAAAUGUAAUUAGCGUAAAACAAAUGAAUAAACGUUUGUUUUUGUGUGUAUUAUA